AUGGAGCGUUCAAGUCCAGCCCUACUCACGGUCGGCGUCGCCGCGCUCGCCACCUUCGUCGCACUCCGCUUUCUCCGCUCCCGGUCACCGUUGAGCAACAUUGACGGCCCGCCGUCUACUUCGUGGGUUCUAGGGAGCUUAGGAUCGUUCUUUUCCCUCGACAACUUGGACUUUGUCCGCCAUGUGCAGGAAAGGUACGGCCCAGUGGCGCUAUUCAAUAGCCCCUUGUUGGGCAAAGUGAUAUUCACGCGCGACCUCAAGGCUCUUCACUCCGUGUACAUCAAGGAUGCCGAAGUGUGGUCUCGCGGAAAGCUCAACAACGUAGCGGGUCAAGCCAUUAUGGGCCCGGGCCUUCUGACAACACAUGGGGACAUGCACCGGCGCCAGCGGAAGAUGCUGACGCCCGUAUUCUCCGCGGCGUACAUGCGCAGCGUCACGCCGCUGUUCUACGACAUCAUCGGAAAACUCGAAGAUGCGAUCGGCACGCGCCUGCGCGCGCAGGGAGGAUCCGGUGAAGUCGACAUGGUCGCCUGGAUGGGCCGCGCGGCGCUCGAGCUCGUCGGACAAGGGAUCCUCGGCCACAGCUUCGACCCGCUCGUCGCGGACACGAAGGACGAGUUCACCGAGGCUGUCAAGUCCUUCUCACCGACGCUCGCGCACAUCACGUACGCGUUGGCGAUCCUCUCGCUCGUGAGGCACGUUAUGCCCGCGCGGCUCGGAAGCGCGUUCGCGCGGCUCUGGCCAGACCCGCACACGCGGCGGAUGAAGUGGCUCUCGGACUUCCUGUACGGCCGCUCGCGUGCGCUGUUCGAGGAGAAGCGCGCGCGCCUCGUCAAGGGGGAGGACGCGGAGCUCGCGCACCAGGUCGGGGAGGGGCAGGACGUGAUGAGCAUUCUGUUGCGCGAGAACAUGCUCGCGAAGGAAGAGGACCGGCUUCCGGACGACCAGAUCGUCGCGCAGGUGAUCACGUUCAUCAUUGCGGGCGUGGACACGACGUCGAACUCGCUCGCGCGCGUUCUGGACGUGCUAUCCAAACAUCCGGAUGCGCAGAAACGGCUGCGCGAGGAGGUGCUGGAGGCGCGCGAGGCAUACGGCAAGGAGAUACCGUACGACGACCUGUCGGCGCUGCCGUAUCUGGACGCCGUUUGUCGCGAGACGCUCCGUCUAUUAUCGCCGGUUGGGAGCUCCAUGCGCGAGUGCGUAACCCAGGCAGAGCAGGAUACGACGCUGCCUCUGCAGCGCCCGAUUACCGGGAAAGACGGGGCCCAGAUCUCCGAGAUCAUCGUCCCGAAAGGGACGUUCUUCAUUGCGGACAUUAGCGGGGUCAACACGAGCAAAGAGCUCUGGGGUGCGGACGCGCACCAGUGGAAGCCUGAGCGGUGGCUGGGCCCGCUGCCCGCCGCGGUCGAAGAGGCGCACAUCCCCGGAAUCUACGCGCACCAGAUGACUUUCAUCGGAGGCGGGAUGUCGUGCAUAGGGUUCAAAUUCUCGCAGCUCGAGAUGAAGAUGGUCCUGGCAACGCUUGUCGCGGCGUUUGAGUUCAAGCCCUCUAAGAAAUCUUUCGUGUGGAACUCGGCGGGUGUGUCGUAUCCUUCGGCGAAGAUGGGAGACAAGGAUCCUCAGAUGAUCCUGGAGGUUUCCCUAGCAAAGUCGUCGUGGCUUGGGGACAGUGUCCGGUGCAACUGUGAAUGA